AUGUCACAGUCAUUAUUACUAAUUGAAGGCCCAAAAUUUCCAUUCUUCAAUUUUGAAUUUUCAUCAAAUUCUUUCCAUUUAUCGCGAAGAUUCGUUAUAAAUAAUCAACCAAUAUACCUAUAUUAUCCACCUGUUUUUAAUAAUACCACUGAUAAUACUACUAAAGAUGAAUAUAACCUUGAUGAAUCGUUAAAUAAUGAACCACUGGAACACACUAUCCGUACCGCCGCAAGCGUUUGGGAUGCUAGUUUGAUUCUUGCAAAAUUUCUUGAGAAACAAUGUCGUGAAAAUAAGAUCAACUUUAAAGAAAAAACAUUUAUUGAACUUGGAUCUGGUAAAUCAAUUCCAUCAAUAGCUUCAGCAAUCCUGGGUGCAAAACAAGUCACAAUAACAGAUGUACCAAAUGUGAUUCCUCAAAUAAAAAAAAUAAUUAAAUUAAAUGGUUUAUUUAAGAAUUCUGUAAAUGUUGAACCUUUGGAUUGGAUAAAUGGAAAAGAACAUAUAGAAGCAUUGAGUAAUGCUCAUUGGGAUUAUAUCUUGGGAGCUGAUAUAGUAUGGGUUGAUUACUUGGCUAAACCGUUGAUUGAAACUAUUGAUGCUUUAUCAACACCAUCUUAUACUAAACUAUUGCUCUCCCAUCAAUCACGUACUACAAGAUGUGACAACCUCUUUUUUAACAGCCUAAAGAAGUUAGGUUGGAAAAUCGAUAAAGUCUCGUAUGACGAAUUUAACUGGGAAGAAGGUUUCUUGAAAGAUAAUGUAGAUAUUUAUUGUGGAUAUAAAGAAUAG